CUCUACCUCCGGGCCUCACCUUCUGCUAGUGUCUCCUGCUGUGUUACCCAGCACUCCUGCUAGCAGUGCAAGUGAUACCUCAUGUGUUCACGCCUUUUAUGAUGUCACUGUAGGGCCUCAUGAUGUCAUUAUGUUCCAUCAAUGACAACCAAUGAAAGAAAAGGAGGAUAGGCUGAGUCCAGCCUGCUUCUGCAAGGACACAGCGUAGUUGGGUUGGGCCUAUGAAGCUGCACCUGCUGCUGCCACUCCUGCUGGGGGCUGUGUUCCCUGUGCCACUUCCUCAAAGGCUCAGCGGCUCAGUCCCUGAGGAUUUCUCUGCUCCCCUGGAGCUCCCACAGCAGCACUUCGGCCUGGUGGAUGAUUAUGGCAUUAAACCAAAGCACCCCCAGUUCCAGACUCGAGCACCCCGGAAGCAGCCUGCUGGCCUGCAUCAAGCACACAAGAGCAAGCGGGAUGAGUCAGAUUUGGCAGAGUAUUAUUAUGACAAUGUCCUGUGAGCUGC